CACAGCGUUUGCCCAUUUCUUCGGUGUAAACACGCCCUUCAUGGCCAACAUCAAGAUGUCAUGUGAAUGCACUGUGUGCCCAGCAUGGACACAGUCAUCUUUCACAGUCAACUUAUAAACAUGAGCUGGGCCCAUUUCAUGGCAUCCUGUGUACUUUUCAACUUUGCUGGGUCACUGCUCAGCAGAAGCAGCGCCAUACCACGCAUAGUCAUCAGCCUGGCAUGUCUUGAGUUCUUCAUCCAAAGGAUCUGGGCACAAGUGGGUGGUCCUCCUGUGCUGUGCUCCUCCCUGUCUGCCUGGCCAAGCCCAGUGGUUCCUCAAGGACAAUGUGUGACUCUUCAGUGUCACUCUCAUUGCAGGUUUGGCAUGUUCAGACUGUACAAGGUCACUGAUGCCCUCAUUCCUGAACUCUACAGCAUAAUGUUGCAGGACAGCUUCCUCGCUGGCCCUGUAACCCCAGCACAUGCAGGAACUUACAGAUGUUGUGGAUCCUACCUUGGCUGCUCCUCUGUGUGGUCACCACCCAGUGACCCCCUGUUGAUUGUGGUCACAGGUCAGAGAGUGCUUCUCUAGAGGAACUAUUUCCUGACCUGAUCUUCCUAAUCUCAGAGUUUCCUGGUGGGAGUGUCAGUCAGGUCCAAUUAUAACAAUAGGAGCUGCUCCAAGGGCAUUUAAUGUAUGUGGGCAGAAUAAUGGCCCCCAAUGAUGUCUACACCAUAAUACUCCAAAUCUAUGAAUAGUCCAAGGCCAAUUAAGGUUGAAUAUGGAACGAAGGUCAUUAAGCAGAUGACCUGGAGAUGGAGAGAUUAUCCUGGAUUAUCCAGACGGACUUACUGUAAUUAUAAGGGUAGAAGGAAGCAGGAGAAUGAGCUUCAGAGUCAUGCAGCAUGAAGAAGACUCCACCAGCCAUUGCUAGCUCUGAUGUUGGAGGAAGGGGUCAUAAGACAAGGAAUACAGGCAGCUCCUAGGAGCUGGAAAAGACACAGGAGCAGAUUCUCCCCUUGAGCCUUCAGAAGGAAACAGUCCUGUCCACGCUGUCCUUGAUCCCAGCCCAUAAGACCCAUGUUGGACUUCUGACAUCCAGAACUAUAAGACAACAGAUUGGUGCUCUUUUGAGCCAUUAUGUUUGUAGCAAUUUAUUACAGCAACAACAGGUAACCAAUAAAGAUACCUAGGUGAGGAACAAAUUAGGAAGCCAAACAGGGAAAGUGAAGCUACUCCCUGCGAUAGGUAAGGGCAGGAUGUUGAUGCCACCACUAGACUGCAGUGACAUAAUGGGGGGAGCGUUCCCAAAGCCAGACUCAGGGGUGCCCUGUGGAAGCUGGGGCCUUGGAGAAGUCACAGACAUGGCAGAAGAUGUGCCCAUCCCCACUAGGCACAGGCUUGGUAGGCACUGGGAGUUACUAUGGUACCUGCUUUACUGCUUAAUUCCUGUCUCCUACCAGAGAUUCCAACUCAUCAAACAGAGCAGGAACUGGUCUGAUAAAAGAGCCUGGAAAUGCGGCCUGCAGUGUCAUUCUCCCACCCCCACCAUACAAAGCAGAAAAGGGGUCUGUGGGAAACAGGGGCAACAGUUAAUGUGUCAAGGAUGAGAACAGUGGUAAUGGAAUCUGGUGCUGUUUCUUCUGAUGGAGAAACAGAGCAAAGGAGGGGCAGAGACAGAGGGGGACAUGCAGAGGAAAGACACAGAGACACAAAGAAGGAGGUGAAAGACAGACACAGGGGCACCCUCACUCAUUUAGGGUCCCAGGGAAUGGGGUGA